AUGGAUUCAAGCUCAAGGGACGCGCUGGAGCAUGGCAGCACGGCCUGCGCGCUGCAGCAGCCAUCACCAAAUAUCCCAGACUGCCAUCCCGAUCUGCCCACUUCCACGCACGAGACCCUCGACUCCACAAUCAGACCACCGCAAGACAAUGAUACGCCUCUACAGCACAGUCUACUCCUGAAUCAAGCACACAGAGUUCGGGCAGAUCUCAAAGCGUACUUGGCCGGCAAGUUCCUCCAAUAUCGAGACAAGCCACGCGAUCUGGAAAUUGGAAUUCGUCUCUCAUACAACUCCCGCACGGCAACGCUCACCCUCUUCACCAUGCAAAGCCCGAGACACGGUUAUAUUAUCGAGUGGCUUCACGAUAUCGCUGAAGCGAAGUUAGAUUUGCCUACACGCCGCAAGCUCUUCCUAUCGUGUGGUGUUAAUGACACGGAUUUUCAAGGAGAAUGGCAAUGGUCAGAAAAGCAGCCAGACCUUGCUAUUUCGUGGAACGAGAAUAACAUCGGGACCCAGCUGGACACUAUUAUCGAGGUCGGCGUUUCACAGACUUACAAUAGUCUACUUCACGUUCGGGACAUGUUCUUGAAAGGGUUACCUGAAGUCUCCAGUUUCGUCUCGGUGAAUAUUCUCGAGGACCCUAGGUACAGAAGCCCAAAGGAUCUCAAUAUCGACGAACCGGAUAACAUUCAGAAAGCGGAUUUCCAACUGGAUGCAGACCAAGGACCACUUUGUUAUAAGGGUGUCCAAUGGAUGGGGAAGAGCACGCUUUCCUGGGAAGUCUGGGAACGAGGGGCAGAUGGAGAGCCGAAGCAAAUCUUCUCUGCAACUGUCGACCCUAGUGAUAGGGAAACGGAACUCCCAUUCUUCGAAAUACCGGCUACGAUCGCAACCGGUACCAAGCCAGUUACAGUUACGUCGACAGAUCUUGAUGAGCUCUACACUUCUCGAUUGAAAUAUGGGAUAAUCGAUGAGGCUCGGGUACGGAUGUCAAGAUACAUCAAGAAUGUGAGAGGAAAGCGAAAGCUUGCAGCGGACUUGGCGGAGCGAAAGGACGAAGCGGAGAAGAAGAGAUCCAAAGCCACCGAGGAGCGUACGGAACGCUGCAGAAUUCAAUCGGAACGUCGAGAGAAGGCAGCGGACUCGGAGGAGUAG